AUGCUGCGUUAUUCAGUGGAUUAUCUAGCUGAUAAUUUAAAAGAUAUAAAUAAAGAUCUUGGAAGAAAAUUGAAUUCAAUGAAUAUGAAUACAGCUUAUCAAUUUUAUUUACUAUUGAAUAAUAAUUUGGAUAAUAAACAACAAAAAACAUUGAAAAUAGAAUUACAAGAUAUGCUUGACAGUAUAUUAAUUGAAUUAACUGAAAAAUUGACUCAAAUUAAUUUAACUGAAACAGGAAUGAUACGUACAAUAACUUUAUAUGAAACUAAAAUACUGAUAUUUGGUUUAGUAUUUCUUCGAGCUUUGAUUGCAAAAUUAUUUCUAGGUUUUGAAUUAGGCUUAUCUACUACAGCAAUGACAUCAAGUAAAAUAUCAGUAAAUAAUAAAUUACUUGGAUCAAUUUGUACUUAUAUUUAUCGAAAAAUUAUGGUUGACAUUAUUAGUGAACGGACUCGAACUACAGACUUGGCAAAAUGUAAACGUUGGCUUCAGGAUUAUGGUAGAGGAAUAUUGGCCUUGUAA